AUGGCGUCCUCCUCCUCGUCCUCCCCCGCGGCCCCUUGCCGCAUCGUUGUCAUGGCCAGUGGGAGCGGGAGCAACUUCCAGGCGCUUCUCGACGGUCUGUCAUCACGGACCAUCCGCGACGCGCAGAUCGUCCGCCUCUUUGUCAACCGAAAGACAGCCUACGCCGUCACCCGCGCCGAAAAGGCUGGCGUGCCGUCGGAAUACUUCAACAUGGUCGCGGGCGGGUUCCAGGCCAAGGGGGAGAAAGACCCCGAGAGGCUUAGAGAGGCUCGGACGAAGUACGACGCCGCGCUGGCUGAAAAGGUACUGGCCGAACAGCCCGACCUGGUGGUGCUCGCAGGCUGGAUGCAUGUCUUUACCGAGGGGUUCCUGAAGCCUGUCGCCGACAAAGGCGUACGGGUCAUCAACCUGCACCCUGCUCUGCCAGGCAGAUAUGACGGGGCCGGCGCCAUCGAGCGCGCAUACCAGGACUUCCAGGCCGGCACCCUCGAGAACAACAAGACCGGAAUCAUGAUUCAUUACGUGAUCGCCGAGGUCGAUAGGGGCGAGCCCAUAAUGACAAGAGAGAUCGAGUGCAGGGAGGGCGAGACGCUGCAGGACCUCGAGCAGAGAAUACAUUCUCGCGAGCACGAGCUCAUCGUGGCAGCGACCGCCAAGGUUGUGGGUGGGAUAUUGGCGGAGAGGACGGCGAGGUGA